CUUCCGCCGAAACGUCACACAGCGAAACGUCAAACACACCGACCGUCUCUUUCUUUUUCCGGCAAACUCUACGUGCUGUCGACGCAUUUUUGUGGUAGCAGCGCCAAGUUUUUGGAUUUUCGUACACAAUGGUCAGCCUUAAGGUACGUAGGAAGACCAGGAAGCUGCGUGGUCACGUCAGCCACGGCCACGGUCGUAUUGGCAAGCACCGUAAGCAUCCUGGUGGUCGCGGUAACGCUGGUGGUAUGCACCAUCACCGUAUCAACUUCGACAAAUACCAUCCGGGUUACUUCGGCAAGGUCGGUAUGCGAAACUUCCACCUGAACCGCAACCACAAGUUCUGCCCGACCAUUAACCUCUCACACCUGUGGAGCCUGGUGCCGGAGAAGGUGCGCGAGGAGGCGAAGAAGAACCCCGAGAAGGUGCCGGUGGUCGAUCUGGUCCAGUUCGGUUACUUCAAGCUGCUCGGAUCCGGUGGACUUCCGAAGACUUGCGGCCCGAUCAUCGUGAAGGCGAAAUUCUUCUCCCGCCUGGCCGAGGAGCGCAUCAAGGCCGCCGGUGGUGCUUGCGUGCUGCGAGCUUAAGUCUGUAAGGAUCUUGCACACACACACAAAUACACCGACGUAACAUGCUCGGAGUGCCUUCGGGGAUGGGUCGCAAAGGGAUGCAGUUGUUCUGCGGUAUCGCUAUUGCGCCCGUUUCCGAAGGCACACAGCCAACAACAUCUCUCCCGCACACCCUCCCGAGCAUGUUGCCGUUUUUGUUUUUGGUACAACGUUUCGUGUGUAUUUCCUGUGCGUGAAUGUGUGGAGCAUGGUGGUGUGCCUCACUGCUGUUACGCAUCGUACACGUACAAACACACACACAGGAGUGAAGAGAAGAUGAAGCAGAGAGUUGAAAAAGAGCAGAAGAAAAUACAAGAAACCAAUAUCUAAAACACGUCAA